AUGACCUUAUUUAAAUAUAGCAACAGAAGUGCCUUAAAUCAAAUUAGAAGAAAUUUUGCCCAUCUUCCUAAUGAUGGUCUUACAUUUAAUGAUUUUAUUUCUUCUAAUGAAAAGUCAACAAUGGAUUUAAGAACAACUGAUGGUCGUCUUCGAUUGCCUGAAUGGUUAAAAAGAGAUGUUAAAAUGACAGAAAAAGAUGUUAAUCGACAAAAAUUGGCAAAGCAAUUGAAAGGCUUAAAACUUUCUACUGUUUGUCAGGAAGCUCGAUGUCCAAAUAUAGGGGAAUGUUGGGGUGGUGGACCAGAAACACCCUCAACUGCGACAAUAAUGUUAAUGGGAGAUUCUUGUACACGUGGAUGUAGAUUUUGUUCAGUCAAAACAGCCAAACGCCCCCCUCCAUUAGACCCAGAUGAACCCAAAAAUACGGCUAUUGCAAUCAGGAGUUGGGGUGUAGAUUAUAUUGUUUUGACUUCUGUUGAUAGAGACGAUUUACCUGAUGGUGGAGCUUCACAUAUAGCACUAACUGUUGAACAUUUAAAAAGAGAAUGUCCUCAUAUUUUGGUUGAGUGCUUAGUUCCAGAUUUUGCGGGUAAUACCCAGUCAAUUCAAAGAGUAGCAAAUUCUGGAUUAGAAGUAUUUGCACACAAUAUAGAAACUGUUGAACGUUUAACUUCUUUUGUAAGAGAUCCUAGAGCAAAGUAUAACCAAUCUUUACGUGUUUUGGAAUUUGCUAAAGAGGAAAAUCCUUUACUUGUAACAAAAAGUUCAAUAAUGCUUGGAUUGGGUGAAGAAGAUGAAGAAAUUGAACAAGCAAUGAAGGAUUUGAGAUUGGUUGGAGUGGAAGCCCUAACCUUGGGUCAAUAUAUACAACCAACAAAAAGGCAUAUGGCUGUUAAAAAUUGGAUAACUCCGCAAAAAUUUGAUGAAUGGAAAAUUAGAGGGGAUCAAAUGGGGUUUCUUUAUACGGCUUCUGGUCCUUUAGUACGUUCUUCAUAUAGAGCUGGUGAAUUUUAUCUCAAAAAUAUUAUUGGAUCAAGAAGAACAGCAACAACAAAAGAGGCUUUACAACAAUAGUUUUUUUAGAUUUUAUUUUAGAUUUUUAAUUUAUAUAAAAAUAUUUGAAAUUUUUUUGAGUUUUUUAAUGUUGAUUUUAUUCAAUUUUUAUCUUUAAAUCUUAUUUUUAAUAUUUUUAGAAUUUUUUUAAUUUUUGGAAUGAGCGUAGAAGUUAUUAUGGAAUUGAAAAGGAAAGGCGGUUGUUUUUUGACUGGAGAAGAUGUUGAAGUUGAGGUUUGAAAA